CAGAGAGGAGGCACCGUGUCGGGGAAGGUCUGCAGGAUGUGGCGCCUCGUCCCGCUGCUGCUGCUGCUCGGUCUGCUGAGACCCUGCACCGCCGGAGCCGCGCUCACUCAGCGGUGUGACUCAUCCCCAAAUGGCACCAUUUACAGAUACCAAGCAAGGACUCUAAAUGGUAGUUGCACUGUGAACUUGAGUGACUACCGAGGCAAGAGCGUCCUCUUUGUCAACGUGGCUACAUACUGAGGAUACACCUAUCAGUAUGUGGAACUGAAUGCACUGCACGAGGAGAUGAAACCGUAUGGGCUCACUCUUCUUGGCUUUCCCUGCAACCAGUUUGGGAAACAGGAACCAGGGCAAAAACAUGAAAUCCUGCCGGGUUUAAAGCAUGUUAGACCUGGCAAUGGAUUUGUUCCAAACUUCCUGCUGUUUGAGAAAGGUGACGUGAAUGGAAAAGACGAGCAAGAGGUGUUCACUUUCCUCAAGAGCUCCUGCCCUCCGGUCGGAGACAACUUCGGUGACAUUAACGGCAGACUGUUCUGGGAGCCUCUGAAGACCAACGACAUCAAGUGGAACUUUGAGAAGUUUCUGGUGGGACCAGACGGGAAGCCGGUGAUGAGGUGGCACCCGAGCGUGGCCACGUCCGAGGUGCGAGCUGACAUUCGCAAAUACGUUCUCCAGCUGUACACGCAGGAUGUUUUUAACUAGAUGUGAUCGACGUCCAUCGUAGGAAGUCGUCGUAGAGAAAAGGUAGCGCAUCAAGUAGAGUAAUGGGACAGUGUCUGAUACAUGAAGAUGGCAUGAUGAAUGAAGAGGAGGCUUGAAAACAGGAACACUGUGGUGCCUCUUUGGAGUCUGGGGUUCAGGCCAGCUUUUCAGUGCAUUCGAGCUGCCCUGCAAUCCCACAGCGCCAUGUCAUCUUCACAUCCCAGGACCUGUUAGCUAUUACAGUCUCAAUGUUAAUUACUUCCAAUAAAUCCUUGAGAACACAA